AUGUCAGAACCAAUCCCCGAAUCAAUCCCCACCUCCGCAGAUCCGCGCUCCAAACGCCCUACCAAGAAACGCGCGCUCUCACCCCGAUCCCAAACGGCCUCACAAAUAUCCUCCCUAAUGUCCAAACCCGAUACAGUAAUCAACCUCCCUUCAACAUCUAUCACCACACACCCCGGCUCCGCCCCCCCAGAGAUAGUGCAGAACGUGCAAGGAAGCUCAGCUGGUGCGGGGUCCGGCGAAUUUCAUGUGUAUAAGGCGAGUAGGAGGAGAGAGUAUGAGAGGUUGAGGGGCAUGGAGGAGGAG